UUCUUGCCUGCACAAGAUAACAUAAACUCUGUCCGCUGGAGUAGAAAGACUUCUUAACAUUUUUGGCGAGCCUCAACCAGCAGGGUGGUUUUGUUUGCGUCCUAUUCAUUGGGAGAAAGCGAAGAGUGAUCGGGCGUACAUCAUGCGUGUAUUCGUGGCGAAUCGUCGGGUCCAGGGUCCGUGAAAAUGACAACUGAUAAAGAAGAAAAAACCGGCCGAACGAUCAACUAGUAUAUAUGACGGUGAUAAUAAAUAGCCUACCCCAAAACCCCUCGACCAAUGUACGAGCUUACACCCCAAGUGGUAAUUUAACUGAUAAGGUGAACAAAUCUCAGCGUGUAAACACCGUGGAGAGAGACUAGGGACUCAACAAGUUGUAGCUGGUCCCAUCGUAAUUAUCAAUGCAUGCCGACUAUCUUCAGGUACCUGUUUCAACAAACGGUAUCCCCCGUGUUUUAUGUACCUUCUGUGUACAAAUAGCUCACUGAUAAAACGACUGCCCUGGGAUACGGCAAAGGUUCGAAUCAAACAGUGUGUUUAACGGAGCAACAGGCACACAGUCCGUCAGCUGUUGAGACUGUUACCAGUCGGCGAGUGACUCUUGUCCAACUUGGCUGUCUUAACAUUCAGUAAGAGUUGUGCGCCGUCAUUUUACUACCACCACCAGCAGCUAAAAAGAGAACAAACAUGGUUGACGUGUACCGUACACGCUCCAGCCUUGAAAGGGAAAGCUGGACGUUACAGAGGCUCAACUCGGCCGGUGGUGAGCUCGACGAAGAGAGCGACAACAGCUGCAGUUCUUCGGAUGAUCUCUCAAGUAUGUCCGACAGUAACAGUCCCAUCAGCCAACAAACUGAGGACGAUCUGUUCCUUGACUAUCUCUUCUCGCAGGGACUCGCUGAUACCGGCGUGAGCAACACCAUUCGAGAUGCGGUGUUUAACAUCCGUAUCGACAACAAACCUGACUUUGUCGACUCCAUCAUCGACAGCUUCUACCCAGGAUUGGAUUACCACCCUCAGACAGCUCCUCAACAACCGUCUCCGAUGUACAAUCCCGCGGACCCCUUGCUGCAUCACGGCUAUAAUUUUGUCGAACCACCUAAGACAAUCUUCGAUGAGUACUUAAAACCGGCCGCGAUGGCCGCCAACAAUCUCAACAACGACUUGCCAAAUGGCUUCACACCGUCACCUUGGCAACAUUGUCAAGGUGCGUUUAUCACCCCUGACAAUCAGUAUCAUCACCACAGUAAGUUGAACAUGACGUCACCGUCUCCAUCUACGUUGACACCUCAGCAUUGCUCUGUUGCAGUACCCGUUCCUGUCAAUGAGACCAUGACCCAUCACGCUGCAGGCAAGGUACCACCAAGUAAGAUUGAUUCUCUCUCCUUACACACAUCUUCCGGCAGCCAAAGGAUGGGUAUGCUACCGCCAUCCGGUGUGCGUAUCACCCACAUCCCCAUCAACACACCAUCCUCUGACGUCACUGACUCUCUACCCGAGCCCGUCAUCAGCGUCCGGAAACCGGGCAGGAGCAGGGGCACGGGGAAAGUGGCAGACGAGCUGAAGAUCCACAAGUGCACUUACCCGAACUGUGGCAAGAUGUACUCCAAGAGUUCCCACCUCAAAGCGCACCUGCGUCGACACACCGGAGAGAAACCCUUCGUCUGUACGUGGGAGGGUUGUAAGUGGCGCUUCUCUAGGUCUGACGAACUUGCCCGCCAUAAGCGCUCACACUCCGGAGUCAAGCCGUACCAGUGCAGCAUCUGUGAGAAGAGAUUCUCACGCUCUGACCAUCUCUCCAAACACAUCAAAGUACACAUGAAUGGCGUCACGCGGGGUGUGAAACCCACAAAUAACAUGUUGUGUAGAUGAUGCUUUUGUUAUUUUCCAAAAACGAACAAACUUUGUUUUACCUCGAGUUACCAAAGCGGAAAAUGACACGCAAUCAUAAUGCCAUCAUAAGAUUUAUCUUUGGGUUGUCGUUUUGGGACCGAGCGACACAACCUGAACAAUAUUGGAUUGCUAUAUACAUUUCAGUGUCACUUUCCCACCCAAAUCGAGUAUUAUUUUUUCAUUAAAACAUUAGUAUUUCACUGUAGAAAAUAAUGAGCUUUCCAUUUUUGUGUUAGCAUUUUGUCCAACACGGAUUCCUUCAUUUCAUACAGAUUUAUGUCACUAUAAAGUCAAUCAAAAUUAUAAUGCUGAGCCAACUCUCCGUGGGGUCAUUUUUUCUGUUUCGCUGGGGAUUUGUUUGAGUUUACUGUUUGCUUUAUAGAUGCUUAAAUACUUCAAGUUAUUGACUGAAAUACGUUCGCCAAAUUUGUUUUGUUGUCAAGCAUUCCUUUCUUUCACAAAACCAUUUUCUAGUCGAAGGUGGAAAAUGUUGAUGUGUAUGAAAUUAAAUAUUUGUAUAUAAAAUUUAGGUUAGUUCAAUGGGAUUACAAAACUUUAGCAUAUACAUCAAUUAGAUUGUCAUUUCCAUGUGUUUAUAUUAGAACAUCUUAUUGGGGUUUUUGUUUUCUCACAAUCAGAAGCUGCAACUAACGGAGGUUUUUUGUUAAUACUUGGUAGAACCUGUUUGUAUUGGUUGAUAUGAUAAUGACAUUGCAAUAUUACAGGAAAUAACUGUCUAUCAUCUGUGUUUGACAGUAUAACACUCGUUAAAGGCAGUGAACACUAUUGGUAAUUACUCAAAAAUAAUUACUAGCAUAAAACCUUUCUU